AUGGUUGAGACGGAUGAUGCUGAUGCUCCAACACCUCUCGCCAUGACAUCAAACUUUGGUUAUCUCAAUUUAGUGAAGUAUCUCAUUGGUAAAGGAGCAAAGGUUGAUGGGAAUGACUAUGAUGGUGUCACGCCUCUUCACUAUGCAUCACGCAAUGGUCAUAUUCAAGUAGUUCAGUAUCUCGUUAGUCAAGGAGCGGAGAUUGAUAUCCUUGAUUUUCUUGGUCGGACUCCUCUUCAUUGUGCAUCAAUCAAUGGUCAUCUUGAAGUAGUUAAGUAUCUCGUUGGUCAAAGAGCCCUGGUUGAGGGGGAUGAUAGCGAUGCUCCAACACCUCUCACCGUGGCUUCACACUUUGGUCAUCUCAAUGUAGUUCAGUAUCUCGUUGGUCAAGGAGCAAAGGUUGAGGGGAAUGAUUAUGAUGGUGAUACGCCUCUUCUCUGUGCAUCAAGCAAUGGCUAUCUUGAAGUAGUUCAGUAUCUCAUUUGUCAAGGAGCCAAGGUUGAGAGGACUGAUAACGAUGGUCACACACCUCUUCACUGUGCAUCAAGCAUUGGUCAGCUUGAAGUAGUUCAGUAUCUCAUUUGUCAAGGAGCCAAGGUUGAGAGGACUGAUAACGAUGGUCACACACCUCUUCACUGUGCAUCAAGCAAUGGUCAUCUUGAAGUAGUUCAGCAUCUCGUUGGUCAAGAGGCGCGUGUUGAGAGGGACAAUAAUAAUGGUCAAACACCUCUUCACUUGGCAUCAAGCAAUGGACAUCUUGAAGUAGUUCAGUAUCUCAUUGAUCAAGGAGCACAACCUGAAGGUAAGAUUCGCAUUUUGACGGUCAUCAUUGAGCUAUUUGUUCAAAUAUCCCCAUAG